CACACACACAUACAUACACACACACGACAAACCGCUCGUGGGGGCCCUGCCUAUUGAUCUCUAAACAUCUGGAACACCUCAUAUUUGUUUUACAAGGCAGUGGCGAGCAGUCCUGUGGCCCCCGAUAGGGGAGUGAGGCAGCAGCGGCAGCAGCACCAGGACGGACCACUUGACACCUUGCUUCACGGCAUCGAUAUGCAGUAGUGUGAUACCAGCUCUGCGGAGACGAGAAGGCCAGUCCAUGGCAUCUUGAUAUUAAACCGUGAGCUCUGCGCAUUCCUCGCCGACAGCGUAGUCUUUUUUUUCUCCCCCUGCGGAGUCGAAAGGAUUAACUUGGCCGAAAAAAGGUGGCGAGGGAGGAAAUCUUAAUAAUUCAAUUUGAGCUGAUUCUGUUUGGGGGAUUCGUGGGAUACCAUUGGACCUGCGAUGGACUCCAGCGCGGGGGAAUAUGGCAUGGCUCGUGUCGGAUUGUUUUUGGUUUUGAUGGGGCUGUGGAGAUUUAGCGAUGCUUGCCCCGCAUCCUGCACUUGCAGCAUCUCAAGAAUUGUUUGUAUUGAUUCUGUACCAGGGAUCGAGGAUUUCCCUGUCCUCACGUUAGAUGACAUGGAAAACAUCACUGAGAUAUACAUUGCUAAUCAAAACAGACUGUUUGACUUGAGUGACAGCAGUCUGAGGCACUACAUAAACCUAAGAAACCUAACGGUCACAAAGACAAGACUGACAUCUAUAUCACCGGACGCGUUUUUUAACAAUACAAGACUUCAAUAUGUAAAUCUCAGAGACAAUAACUUGUCAACACUGUCAUGGAGAACAUUUCAGAACUUUAACAUUUCAUAUCCGCUACUUCUGUCUGGGAAUCCUCUGGAUUGUGUUUGUGAGAACUUGUGGAUCAAGCUAAGACUCCAGGAAGAAACAGACAGUCCCGAGCUGACAUGCACAGAUGACAGAGGAGUGGCGCAGGACUUUGCUACCUUCCGGCCGCCAGACUGUGUGGUUCCCACGGUAGAGGUCACCCCCAGAAAUGUGACUCAGAUGGAGGGGAGUAAUGUCAAAGCUAUUUGCAGUGCCUCAGGCUCCCCUGCUCCCGAGAUUGCGUGGAACCUUGAUGAGCUCUGGACCCACUAUGCGUUUGAACCUAUGGGUACAGAGAGCAUCCUCACCCUGUCAGGCCUGUCUCCUGAUGAUAACGGCAGGGCGAUCGUAUGCAGUGCCGAGAACAUGGUCGGUCAGACCGAGGCCAGCCUUCAGCUCAAUAUUCUUUUUGCCCCCACCAUCCUGACACUCCUGACUCCAGAGCGGGACCACCACUGGUGCAUACCCUUCACAGUAACGGGGAACCCCAAGCCGGAGCUAAGGUGGUACCACAAUAACAAGCCUCUCCAGGAACAGGACUACAUCCGCACCAUGAUCCACGUGACCACAGAGAACCAGCAACACGGCUGCCUGCAGCUGGUCAACCCCACCCACAUUCACAACGGAAAGUACAAGCUGGUCGCAGAGAAUAAGUAUGGCAGGGAUGAGAGGAACAUCUCUGCCCAGUUUCUCCACCCGCCUAACCUCAACCAUACGGAAGACCUCGUGUAUUACGAUCCUACAGACACUCCACCGGAUGAUAGUGUUGCUGUAAGUGACCCUAAUCAGCCCGCUUCAUCUAAAGCAGUGGUGUUUGUAGUUUUGGGAAUUGCUGGAGUUGCCGUGAUCGGUUGUGUUCUGAUGACGAUCAUACUGAAAUACGGAAGAAACUCCAAGUUUGGCAUUAAAGGCUCCUCCUCAGUUAUCAGUAAUGACGAUGAUUCUGCCAGCCCUCUCCAUCAUGUCUCCAAUGGCAACAACACCCCGUCAUCCUCAGAGAUGGGUCCAGACGCAGUGAUCAUUGGAAUGACAAAGAUUCCUGUCAUCGAGAACCCCCAGUACUUCCGUAACUCCGGCAGCAUGCUGAAAUCCAACACGUUUGUCCAGCACAUCAAGCGACACAACAUUGUGCUGAAGCGGGAGCUGGGAGAAGGAGCCUUUGGGAAGGUCUUUCUCGCUGAAUGCUACAACCUAACACCAGACCAGGAGAAGAUCCACGUGGCAGUCAAGACACUGAAAGAGGCCAGCGAGAGCGGCCGAGCAGACUUCUACAGAGAGGCUGAGCUCCUCACCAACCUGCAGCACGAGCACAUCGUCACCUUCUACGGAGUGUGCGUAGAGAGUGACCCAUUAAUCAUGGUGUUUGAAUAUAUGAAACACGGGGACCUCAACAAGUUCCUCAGGUCCCACGGUCCCGAUGCAGUGCUCAUGGCAGACGGUCAACACAGCAUCCUGGUGGAGCUCACUCAGUCCCAGAUGCUGCACAUUGCCCAACAGAUUGCUGCUGGCAUGGUCUACCUGGCCUCCCAGCACUUUGUCCACAGAGACUUGGCAACAAGGAACUGCCUGGUAGGAGAAAACCUGCUGGUCAAGAUAGGAGACUUUGGCAUGUCCAGAGAUGUUUACAGCUCAGACUACUACAGAGUGGGCGGUCAUACGAUGCUGCCCAUCCGCUGGAUGCCCCCGGAGAGCAUCAUGUACCGGCGGUUCACCACAGAGAGUGACGUGUGGAGCCUCGGCGUGGUGCUGUGGGAGAUCUUCACCUACGGCAAGCAGCCAUGGUACCAGCUCUCUAACAAUGAGGUGAUCGAGUGCAUCACUCAGGGCCGAGUGCUGCAGCGGCCCCGCACCUGUCCUAAGGAGGUCUACGACCUGAUGCUGGGCUGCUGGCAGAGGGAGCCCUACAUGAGGCUGAACAUCAAGGAGAUCCACAGCACGCUCCAGAGCCUGGCCAAAGCCUCGCCCGUAUACCUGGACAUACUGGGCUGACGCGCCACUGCGUCCGUGUGAUGUACUGCGUGUGCAUGUGUGCUUCAUAAUGUGGACAAGUGUUUGUGUGUUUGCACACGACGGGAACUGGGGGGAAGGGGAGGAGGAAGCGGAGGCUGCGCGAGCGCAUCUGUGUACAGAAACCCCGGCUGUAAAUGUAACUGUAAAUGCUCCUGUCCUCAUCACACGGAGAAAAAAGCCUUACGGUUUUUGAGUGAAUUUUGGGUUGUUGUUUUUUUCUUUGUUUUGUUUUUUGGGGCUUUUUUUUUUUUUUUUUUGCUUUUCUUUUAAAUUUGCAGAUGUUGUUGAGGCAUGCUUCACAAAGUGGAAACCAAAAUGCAGAGAGGAUCCCGUACCAUUAGGGCUCCAAAACAUGUGGCGUAGUGUAUGUAAAAGGCACAAAAAGAGACCAAUAGACAGCUCGCCCUGUCUGCACUCACCGCAUCGAAUCACUUCCCUCUUGUAUUCCAUAAGCAGGAAAUGAACAAAGGGACGUGCAAUGUGUCUCUUUGUGAUGGACAGUUUAUGGAUACAUGCUUGUAGAUAGCUAAUUUUCUUCUCUCAGCAGUGUCUCGCCUAUUCUGCUAUAACACAAAAUAACCUCUUAGUUCACAGCUGAAGCUAAAUGUGUCGUACGCCACAGACUUUUUUAAUAUGUAGAGAAUUUGCAAGCUGACUGAAAUCCAUGGCUCACAGAUUUCAAUCCUGGUCCUCUGAGGCGCUUCCCGACUUCACGUCUUUUCUGUAAAUACCUUUUCCUCUUGAAAGAAGGCCAUCAGUGUUCAGUGGGACAUUUGAAAGGGUGCAGCUCUGUUUUCCAAAUCUUCCUUUUCGUUCAUUCAUUUACCUAAAGCACAGAGGAUGGGGGACCCGGCGGCGCAGGUUGUUUUUUUGUCAACCAGCAAUGCCAUUUCUGAAAUCUCUGGUACGUGACGUGGUUUGGUUUCCAUCAUGGGAGGUUUUCAGAUGUCAGGGGUGCUCUUUUUUUUAUUUAGGUUAUGUACCGGGCUUUGUAUGGAUUAAGAGUGCACUUUGAAGAUCGUCAUUUUCAAUUCCAUGUAGUCGGCUAUGAGACUGCAGUAAAAGCAUUAAUUAAGAGUCUGAUUGCCCUUAAAAUGUCCCAGGGGUGCUUUCAUCUCUCCUCACUGCCCCAGCCAGCCAUGUGGUGACUGGCUGACAGCUCUUCAUCCAGGACGGUGGUGAUUUGUACAGGCAGUAAAUGGUUUCAGAAUGCACUCUUGUAUUAUAUUCAAUUGUUUUGUUGUCCUGAUAUUAAAAAAGAGGCUAAAAGAGCAACCAUGGUGCGAGCGUCCAGUGCAAGUUUCAUCCUAAUCUUUGCAUAAAAAACAAAAAAAAAUCAACAAAAAAUCAGCAGGAAUCUUUCAUGCGGAGGCGUAAAAGCAGUGAGACAAUAAGUUCUUUUUGUUAAGUGCAAUUUGUAGCAUUACUUCAACACUCCAAUGCACAACCUUAGCACUGAGCUCCCUCCUUCUCGGUCUCAGCUGUCAGCUGUAAGAGAAAGAAAAGAAAAUCCAUGAUUGCACAGAAAAACCCCAGUUUGUGUGUGUGUGUCUGUGUGUUUGUCCCUAUGUUUUUUCUCACAGCGUUCUUCAAUAAUAAGUCACCUGUCCGCUGUACAUAAGCAGCUCUCCAUUCUGUACAGUUCUGAUAUUUGUCUAUAUGAAUAGUAGGCUAUGUUUAAUAGUAUAAUCCGUUUUAAGCAGGUAUCAUGUCAAAACUGUGUGACAGCUAUUGAAGACAACGUGUUAUGGGCCACUGGCAAUACAUACUAUAUGUAAAUACAAUUUGAUUUGUGCUACAUUGUAUAAUUUCUUUGUGCUUGUUCAUAAUAGCGGUGAAAAUACAAUCUUCUCCUUUUUGUUUUGUUUUGUGGUUUUUUUUGGCAAUUUUUGAUCUACAGAGGACUUUAAUUGAAAAAAGAAAUUGAAAAAAAAAGUUUUUCUCUGAAGAAGAAGAAAAAAAAAGAAGGAAGAUGAUCUCCUGUUUCCUCUCCACUGUGAUGGGGAGCUCACACAGAGGCUGUCUGAGACGCUGCCUGUCUCGCAGGAGCGACCACAGACUCUAAACAUCAGGAACUCUCCUGGCCCGACAGGUGUCCCAGCAGAUGUGUGGCCAGUGGCGAGGAGGUCAGAGUUACCUCCUGGCUAACCCCACCACUCUCCCUCUGACUGACUGUAGCCUAUUUUGAUCCUCUUUCAGAUGAAUAACUGUGACUUUGCAUCAUGAAUAGUAUAUUAUUUUGAAUGUAAUCUAGAAGGGUGGGGACCUUUUUUGAAUGUAAUCUAUAUCGAGGGGGGUGUUAAUGAUUUUUUUGUAAAUAUACAGUAAAAGAAGAAAAAAAAAGAUGACACUUUUCAUUCCUGUGCAGAUAACAAAAUUUUACUUACUGUGUGAACUUAAGAGAGUGUAUAUGUAUUUGUGUGUGUGUGUGUGUGUGUGUGUGUGUGUGUGUGCGUAUUUGCACAUACAUCAGAUUGCUAGAGGAUGUGUGCCUGUGUGUGUGUGUGUAUGCAUCUAAGCGUGUAUGCAUCUGAGUGUGUGUGUGUGUAUUCUCCUAGCAGAUUUAAUCCUGCUUUAAUCAGACAGUUCUAUGAAUCAAUCCAAUGCUUUGUGCAUCAUGUGAGUAGCUUAUCCACAAUUAAUGGAAAUGUUCCUUGUGAUACUGUGCAUUUAAUAAAGGUGGUAUGUCUUACA